CCACUCGGUGCGUCAGUCUCACUCGCGCGGUCGCGGGCUGUGGACGGCUUGGCUUGCGCCUUGGCUUGCGCGGCUCCCGUGCGUAGUGCCCGUGUCGGUGUGUUUGCUGGUGCCUGUGUGUGCGUGGGAAAGACGAGUGGGUUGAAGAGACGCGCUGCCCAGGCUGCCCGGCGCGCUCUGUUUGGUCGCCGAUUACGCGGCCGGACUCAACAAGCGGCUGACUGCUGUACGCCCCGGCUGGACAUCGCUAAGUGUGCAUUGUGAACUUCCGAUAUCAGGAGCCGGUCCGGCUCCUGGCUGCUGCGAGCCAAGCUCGCCAAGUAAACAGCGCGCGAGAUAUCGCGAAGCCUGUUACGACAAGACGCGGUCUGGCGUAAACCUACCUUGUAUUAUGUUCCGCCCCGGCACGCACGUCCCAGCCGGUCUGUGACUGUCAGACACGGUCUCUGCGAUCGCGGCCGACGACGCCAUGAAGAGCCGCGCCAAGUCCCCCGCGGCCGCGCGGUCGCCGCUGCUGCUGCUGCUGGUGGCCGUGCUGGGCGUGACGGCCGCCCACGCCGCCGAGUUCUUCCCGUGGCCCGCCGGCACGUCGGACUUCUUCGCCAAGAUCUCAGCGGUGCCGCGACAGGAUGUCGUGGCGCAGAUCAAGUCCGUGGUGGAGCCCGUCACGAAGGAGGCCCUGAGUCAGCUCACGCCCGAGGUGGUCCGCCAAGUGUCCGACAUGCCCAAGGACACCAUAAUGAAGUACGUGAUGGGGGUGCUGGAGCCGGCCACCAAGACGGUGGUCUCGGGCGUGUCGGGCAUCGUGGAGCCCGCCACCGCGUCGCUGCGCCGCCUCAUCCAGGGCACGCGCACGCGCCUCAAGGGCGGCCUCAAGGGAGGCGUCCGCAUCGUGCUGCAGCCCGCCGCCGAGGGCCUCGGCGCCGUGGCCGCGCCCGCCCUGGACGAGGUCAUCUACCUGGCCGUGGACGCCGUGCGCAUGUUGUGGCGCAAGUCCUUCGAGCCACUCAGCGUGGAGCACAUGGAGCUGCACUUCAGGGACCCGCUGCUCACGGCUGACCUGGAAGUGCGCCAGGUGGAGGUGCACAACGCGUCCACGUUCGUGCUCGACGAGGUGCAGUCCGAGCCGCAGAACAUGGCGGCCAACUUCACGGCGCACGUGGACGCCUUCAACGUGACGGGGCUGUACGACAUCGACGGCCUGCUCAUCAACGGCGAGCACCGCGUCUUCGGCAACGGCAGCUUCAGGGCGGGCAUCAGCGGCCUCAAGGUGGCCGGCCGGGUGGAGAUCGGCCUCAAGGACCUGUUCCUGCACGUGGACGACCUCAAGCUGGACAUCAGCAUCGCCAAGCUGCAGGUGAAACUCGAAGGGCUGCUGGGCGACGCCGCCGUGGCGGACCUGGCCAGCGGCGUCAUCAGCGACGUGGGGCCCGACUUCCUGGAGGAGUUCCGGCCCGAGGUGGGCGCCAUGAUUUCGGGGCAGAUCAAGGACUUCGCCAACGAGCUGCUGUCGUCCUUCAGCGUCAGCAGCCUCCUGGACCGCAUCAGGCAGCACACCGAGGAGACGGCCUCCAAGAGGCUCCGCAACAACACGCACCUGUACCACCACCAGCAGCUGCAGGCCGAGGCGGACCGCCUGGAGCGCCUGGAGCAGCAGAUGCGCGAAGAGCAGCUCGCGGACAAGCGGCCGCCGUCGUGAGGCCCGCCGUCGUGAGGCCGCCGUCGUGAGGCCGCCGUCGUGAGGCCGCCGUCGUGAGGCCCGCCGCGCCGCCCAGGACGCCGCCGUCGCCGGUCGCGACCCGACCCUCGACCACGUCACGGCAGAGACGGCCUUUGCUGACGCGCUGCACGCGCUAGCGGCGGCAGACAGGCCUGCCGGGCCUUCCCCUGCCGUGAACCGCACAGCCGCACAGUGACAGGAGACGGACGGGAUUCGUCGUCGACUUGCGCGUCGCGACCGAAGCUACUCCGACUCGACGUUUUUUUGUCCGCCAAAUCGAGGCAGACGGCCGUCUCUCAGGAAACAAGCGGCCAGGUGUGCAGCUAAGUUGCUGGCGAUGAUUUGUUAAUCCACCACCACCGCACGAAUCCAUAUUCUUCUGUGAUAUUUAAAACUAAGGUUUGUCAUUUAGUCAUUGUGAUAUUGUAAUUAGUUGAUAGAUAACCAUACUAUAGUCAGAAUGCAACUUUAGGGGUAGGUUACAAGUUUUAGUGAGCGUGAUGCAGUGCAUUAAAUUAAUUCUCAAGGGAUGAAGGCUGCAGUCUCCCGGCCCAGGCCAGGCCCCUGCCUAGGAGCUGCAAGCCAGCCCUCCAGACAGGUGCGUUGAGCGGGACUGCCUACCCACGACUUGGCGGGCGCUCGAUUGCGAUUGCGAUUAAUGACUCGACCACGCCCUGACUCGACUUGACUCGACUUCGCCGGACAGUGGGUGCCCUUCUUUCUUGACCGUCAUUUUCUGUCUUUGUUUUAGUCUUUUUAGUCAAAGCUCACAUUAAUCACAUUUCCCUGGCAGGCACUGCUGUUAUUUUAAUUCGUCCUUCGGUCCGUUCAUAGACUCCAGUACUCAUCAGAACCAUGCCCUCCGGCCUGCCCGGCACAGUGGUCUGCUAUGCUAACAUUGAUGGUUCAUACCCCACCUGGCAGUAUACCAUUUAUACCCACUUACGCUGAAUGUAUGUUAAUUAAUUAUUUUUGAAUAAAACAAAUAAAUAACAGCAAAAAAA